UUAUUUUCAUUAGGGACAUCCAUCUCGGUGCUCCACUCGUGCGCACCCGUGAGAUAUCAUUUAAUUAUUUUAUAUUAAUUUAAUAUUUGUGCUACAAUGAAUAAAAAGUUGUGCGUCGUCUUUGUUGCAAUUAUUGCUGUUGCUCAAGGUGUGCAGCCACAAUCCAAUUACGACCUAAGCCGAAAUAGGCUCGGCUCGGGGAAUGGCGGUUACGGACAGUACAACCCCGACUACCCACAAUACCCGAACACCGGUCCAGGCCUCUACCCCAGCGGGCCCGGGUACCCGGGACAGUAUCCGGGUAGUGGAUACCCGGGUGGGUACCCGGGUAAGCCCGGGUUGGCUGGGCCACCGGGCGCGCACCCGGGGUGCCCGCUUUGCGACUCGUCUGUGUAUAGCUACUGCUCGUAUAAGGAGGCCCACGAUGCUUGCUGCUGCGACAGGGAUUCUGGAUUCAGCCACAACUGCCGCAAGGCCGACUGCAAGUACCUGUACGCCAACUCGUGCCAGGAGUACAACCUGAUCUCAUCGUGCUGCUGCGUGGAUGUCAAGAGCGCUGGUGCGGUACCGGUCGUGCCGGUAGCUGUCGUUGGAUAAGCUAAUUUAUGACUUGCAGUGCCGGAUUA